AUGAUGACGUGCCGUCUGCUGUGCGCCCUGUUGGUGCUCGCCCUGUGCUGCUGCCCGUCCGUGUGUGUGACAGAGGGUAGCGAUAAACCAGCUCAAUCCGUUCAGAAUUCCGAUCCACAACCGGGAAUAAGUGGGGCGGACGGUAGGCAGAAGGAUAAAAACGAGGUCCCAGGUCCAGGUGUCGUUACACUAACGUUUCAAGACAAUAACAAAGUAGGAGAAAAAACGGUUCCGAAAGCCAAUGAGAAUGCCAACAGACAAGAUGCAUCAGUUGCGUCUGUUCAGUCAGCGAAAACAAGUGCUGCGGAUAAAUCCGCAACGAUUUCAAAAGUUGAUUCCACAGUGCAAAAAACGACGACUACGACAAACGCACCAACUGCAACUACGACUACUACAACAACCACCGCGCCAGAGGCACCAAGUAAUACGGCCAUGAUUACAGAGGCGCCAACCACGACGACUAGAACUACAACCACAGAGGCACCGUCACGUCUUCGCGAAAUCGACGGCAGCCUCAGCAGCUCUGCGUGGGUGUGUGCCCCGCUGGCGCUCGCCGUAUCCGCGCUGGCGUGCACCGCUGUGGGGUAA